CGGAUUGGGGGGAGGGAAGAUAGAGGAAUCAUAGGGGAGACAAGGCACGAAAAAAGAGGCGGAAGCCAGGCAAAAAGCGUGGAUAAAUAAUAAAGAAUAAUAAAAUAUAUAUAUAUAAUAAAAGGAAAUAAUGGAUAGCGAGGAAAAGAACACGUACGCACAUGAGUGCAGGCGAAUGAUGGAGCAGGCGCAGGUCUAAGCAGACGUGCGGGAAAAGAGGAAAAAACACAGUCAGGCCCCUAACUUUGGAUGUUAGGCGCCUAACUGGGGGGCAAUUGUUGGGGGAAUGAGCAUGGGCCAGCCCAGAAGGGUAAAGCCCAAGAGUGGUUACAGGGGACUGGGGGCAUGGGCCCAACUAAGGGGACAGAGAAAGCCCAUGAAGGCAGGGACAUUGGGCUGAAGGGCGUCCAGACUUGACCUGGGCGGCCGAAGACAGCAUGAGGGACAGGUGGGACCAGGUCCCUGGCGAAGGGCGCGCGAGACAGAGGCAAACAACGGUCGGAAGUGUACGAAAAGCUGAACAGAUGAUGUCACGCGCCUUCGAUCUCUGACCAGUGUGUCAGAUGGUCGAGGCGCAUGAGCAAGGGAAGUACGAAGCAUUUAUGGCGGGUCUGACAUGGGGCGAGAGCGACGUGUACCGGCCGAUCUCGCCCCGGGUAUAAAUAGUCGAGUAGGUAAACCUCAUUUACUCAGUUUUGGCUUCUCUAACUAGAAAUGUUCUAUCACUUCUCUCACUAAAAAGUAGCUUCUGACUUGAGCGUUGGAGUGCUAACGGACCAACUAGGUCCGCAAGGCGCUUGGGUUAGUGCAGGAAGGAAGGCCGCGCGGAGAAGGAAGGCAUCCGAGGCGUGAAGUACGUGAAGGAGGUUACCAGGCAUAAACAAUAAUUGUCAAAAAACAUUUGACGAUUGAAUUAUCAGUCAUUGUUAAUGUUAUAUUAUUUACAUUGAAAAAUCAUGACAUCCCAUUAAUAAUAGUUUUGCAAAAAAUCAACAAAUGGUUUGGGAAGAGAAGAUAAUAUUUUUGUAUCUCGUUAAUAAUACAUCAAAAUAUUUAAUGAUACAUGGUAUAAGCGUUGAUAAAUGAUGAGAUAUUGUUAAUAAAUGAUUACGUAAAUAUCCAAAAAAUUUAUAGUAAACGUUAAUAAUGAUGAUUGUAUUUUUGUUAAUGAUAUUUGGCAUAAACGUUGAUAACGUCUUGUUACAUUGUUAAUAAUUGUAAAAAAAUUAAUGAUUGAAUUAUUGGUCAUUUAAAAAUGAUGACAUCCCAUUAAUAAUAACUUUGCAAACAAUCAACAAAUGAUUUGUGAAGAGGUGAUAAUGUUUUUGUAUCUCGUUAAUAAUACAUCGAAAUGUUUAAUGAUACCUGACAUAAAUAUUGAUAAAUGAUGAGAUAUUGUUAAUAAAUAAUUUGGUAAAAUUUUAUAGUAAACGUUAAUAAUGACUGUAUUUUUGUUAAUAAUACUUUGAAUAAAUGUAUUUUAGUUAAUAAUUGUCAAAAAAAUAUUUUAAUGAUUGAAUAUUGGUCAUUGUUAAUGUUAUCAAAGAAAUCAGUCGGAGACUGGAGUAACAUCGUACGAGAGCGACACCGGAAGUGGGAGCGACCUAGGAAUACAGGUCGACGCCAGACGCGAGCGACGCCGUUGUUGACAUCAAUUGAGGGACGUAACAGGCCGACGACGGGAGAGGGGAAAGGACGGAAGCAGCACCAGAAGCCGGACCGACGCCGCUGUUAUGUUUGUGCGACGAGGAAGAACACAGGGCGAGGGGUUAGCAGGCCACGACAAACCGGACGGGCGCUGGGAGAGCAGAGCUAUGCGGCAUGAGAGGGACUAAUUAAAAGCAAGCUUCGGAUGGGAGAGCAAAGCGAAAUUGAGCAAGCUUCCGGGGGGAGAACAAAUCGACGUUGCUGAGUGACGGUGGGAGACGAACCAGAUGGGCAAUCACCUCAACUAGAGCGAUUGUUACUGCUGGCGGGCGUUGAGGGCGAAGGGGGGAGUUGGGGAUGGCUGCCGGAAACGAUGGCGGGAAAACACUGGGUCGGAUAGAGAUCCCCGCCGGGAGACCAAUGAUCAGCAGAUAACCUUGCUUGACGGAAGGGUUGAGAAGAAAACGUUCGGCGCAGGGAAGAUAAUGAGACGUGGGUUAAGAGAUUGUUAUGGUUAAUUAUUUUUGUUGGGCAUGCGACUCGGAUCCCUCCUUUGAAGAAACACCAAGGAUAAUCACGCCAAAGAGGAGCGCGCAAGUACACCGGUGUGAAGCGCGCCAAAGUCAAGAGCGCGAGUCGUGCCGCAACCAAGCGCGCUGAUAGAGAUCGCCCCCGGAGAGGCGCGCGCGAAUACUAAACGACGACGCAUCACCCGGGCGUGGGCCCUUAUCGAGAAGCCGCAGAAGCGGCGCCGCGUCACCGCGUAUAGUCCUAGGUAUAGCCCUGCUUGUGUCAGGAGUAGUCACAUCAGUGCUCUAAGUAGUCACAUCAGUGUCCUAAAAGCAUGGACUAAAUCUCUGUCAUGUCAGCGGUCAUGUCAUUGUGUCCACUUGUAACCCAACCACUCACCCACCACCAUGUAGCUUAUAAAUAUGGCAUUUACUCCGGUGGGUGAGGGGGAUCGGAUUUUUCGACUCUAUCUCUAAAAUCAUCGACUUCUCUCUCUAGAAUACUUCUCCCUUAAUCAUUCCUGUAAUCUCCUCCGUUCUCCCAGAUCGAUCAAUCCCUUUCUGCUUACUCUCCUUGACCCAUUUUCCCGAGUCUCCCUCCUACACCCAGUUAGGCUCAAACAAUUUUAGUUUUAUAUUACUAAUAAUUUCCCAAAAUAUCCUUAUUAAUUAAUUAACGUAUAACUCCCUAUUAACUACCAAAUCACCAUCCAACCAAUCAAAAUGCUUUAAGAUCCUCCAUAAGGAAUUGGGUUUAAGGACCUGAACUCAGGCCACUGUACUCGCGGCAGGUAAAAUUAUAGAUGUAGGGCAUGCUUGCAAUAACAAAAAGUCAAGUACAAACAUAUUAUUGCGUCAUAAGAAUACAAGAUAGUCGCAAUAUUAUACUAAGGAAGAAGGGAGAGUACAAGGAAUUCACGGGAUUUUUCCAGAAAUAGCACUGUUUAAAUUUUUUUCCCAAAAAUAGCACCCUUUCCCAAAAACCGCUCCCUACCAGUGCGGUUUAGGCGAAAACCGUUACCCAGGAGCGCGUUUUUCGACGAAAACCGCACCCCCACCAUGCGGUUUGGUUGCAGAUCGCACCCCCACCAUGCGAUCUGUUUUUUUUAUUUUUUUUAUGAAAUCCUAACCUAGGUGGAAACUUCAAACGAACAUAUCUUUGUGUUCGGGUAUCAGAUCGUCGUGAUUUUUUUUUUAUUCUGCAUAACUUUUUGAGAUCUUGCAAGCCGAAGACUGCCGAAGGUGGUUUGAUCUCGCCUUCGUACCAAAAAAUGUCGUUUGCUACCCCGCACGAGCUUAUUUCUGAUUUCGUCAAACUUUGGACAACCAUAAUUUUGUGCUCCAAAAUCCAAACGACAUGAAUUUUUUUUAUUUCGCAUAAAUUUUUAAGGAAUAC